AUGGCGGUAGGCGGUGGCGGUGGAUUUGGAGGUGGAGGCCAGGGAGCGUGGAAGGAAGCAGGCGGCAGCGGUGGAUAUGGCGGUAGCAGCGGUGGCGGUGGAUUUGGAGGUAAUGGAGGCGGUGGAUUCGGUGGAGGUGGAUUUGGCGGAGGAAGCGGCGGCGGCAGCAGCGGAGGAUAUGGCGGAGGCAGCGGAGGCGGAGGCGGUGGCAGUGUAGUUUCUGGAAUUCUGGUUGGAAGUGGAACUCUCUCAGGAGGAGGCGGCAUUCUAUGCAGUGUAGUUUCUGGAAUUCUGGGGAAGUCAACUCUCUCACUCGGAGGCGGUGGUGGCGGCAGCGGUUACGGAGGUGGAAAUGGAGGCGGUUUUGGUGGAGGAAGCGGAGGCGGUUUGGGGGAGGAAGUGGAGGUGGAUUCGGAGGUGGAAGCGGAGGUUCAGGCGGAUAUGGAGGCUAAAAGGAAUAAAUAA